CUGGCCGUAGCUUGUGUCUCUGCCUACUCCGUGCGUAAGAGCGCACAGAUGGGAAUGUUAAGGGAUGCUCUCCUAAAAACGCGCAAUCGGAGCAGCUGAGAGCGGCGGUGGACGGACGUACAGCGGAGCAACUUCCCCAAACUCCACUUCAUCCCGCGGAGGUUUCAUUCCUGCUCUCUAUCCGCGCUGCUGUUUUCUCUCCUGUUUGGAUGAGGAUCUGCUGGUAAAAUGUCGGAAGGCGGCGCGGCGCCGCCGGACUUCUCCGCCCGCCAGCAUCGUGCGCCUUCCCGCGUCUCUCCCGGUUUGCUCGUUUCUGCGUGAAGUUGAAGGCGGGAAGCCAGCGCGAUGGGGGGCAGAUUCUUCCUGCUCGCCUUCCUGUUGCUCAAACUCACGGCUCUGGUGUGCAAGGCGGACGGGGAGCCGGGGCUGCUCGGCGGGUUCGUCAUGAUCGCCACGUCCAACGGGUCCCGGGAGGAGGACGGCGCGCCGGAGGAGGCGCCGCACACCGAGGAGCAGUGCCGGGGUUACUACGACGUGAUGGGCCAGUGGGACCCGCCGUUCGUCUGCGAGACGGGAGAUUACCUGUACUGCUGCGGCACCUGUGGCUUCCGCUUCUGCUGCUCCCUGAAACACACGCGGCUGGACCAGAGCACCUGCAAGAACUACGACACGCCGGAGUGGAUGAAGACCGGCCAGACGCCCUACAAGAAGAUGAACAAGAUGCACGACAGCACCAAAGACAAGACCAACCUGAUCGUCUACAUCAUCUGCGGCGUGGUGGCCAUCAUGGCUCUGGUCGGCAUCUUCACCAAGCUGGGGCUGGAGAAGGCGCACCGGCCGCAGAGGGAGAACAUGUCCAGGGCCGUAGCCAACGUGCUGCAGGGCAGGGGCCCAGGUGAGCCGUUCCGGGGGGAGGAGGCCCUCGGGAUUCACUCUCAGCACUUCAUCUCCAGACCGCCAGCCCUCCAAGGCGGCAAGCUGAACAACAAUGUGGCAGCGAGUUCCAGCGUCGGCCCGCAGCAGCCCUACCCGGCGCUCAGCCAGCUGGCUCAGGCCUACGAGCAGCAGCAGCAGCAGCAGCAGCAGCAGCAGCAGCAGCAGCAGCAGCAGCAGCAGCAGAACGCCGACCUGAACAAGUACGCCUCCCUGAAGGCCGUAGCUGCAAAGUACAACGGAGAAAUCUACAACAAGCGGCGGCUGAUGGUGGAGCUCCCGACGAAGGGCGGCCUUCCUCUCCAACCGAUGGGAAACUCUCGGAGCGCCAUGGGCAACCUGUCGAUGACGCCGCCGAUGGCCGCCAACACCAUGCUGUCAAACCCCCUCACCUCUAACCCCUUGAAUCCCUCUAUGACGCAGAUGGCUUCAAUGGCCAAAAUGGCUUCAAUGACAGCGAUGACAUCCAUGCCGCAGAUGACCUCGCUCUCCCCAAUGCCCUCCAUAACCCCCAUGACCUCUUUAGGUCAACUGACUCCAGAGCCUGUGGCCACCUACGUGAUGGAGAUGCCCAGCAUCUCGUCCGUUUCCACCUUGCCGUCGGAACGGCACAUUGCGGGCGGCAGCGGCGGACUCAAGCCCAACGGCCAAAAGCCCAAAGGCGGCCACGCGGCCCACAGCUCCUACAGCUCCCACACGCACAGCCACACCCACAGUAGCAAGGCGCCAGGACUCGGGGCUUCUUCCCUGGCGCACAUGGUGGGGACGAUGCCAAGCGGCAUGUCCAGGGCCGUGGGGACCGCCUUUGGCUCGAGCUCGGCCACCAUGGGCCGGCCGCUCGCCUACAGCUCCAACACCAUCGCUGGGCACGCGGCGGGCUUUGGCAUAAAGGCCUGGGAUGGGACGGAGACGGUGGGCAGGAGGAAGAGCUACGGGCACAAGAGGCCCCAGUGCACGGUGCUGGAGCCCAACCAGCUGCACGGCACCCGGGGCCAGAGCCACAGCCAGCACUUCCUGCCCACGCAGCCCUACUUUGUGACCAACAGCAAGACGGAGGUGACUGUGUGAGAGCAAGAGACGCGAAUAAUCUCUAGUUGGAGACGGCGCCUCCUGGGGAGCUCCGGAGGAGGCGGAGCUUCGUCAUCUGAGUGAACGUUGCCUUGAAGUCAGAGCCAACCAAUCAGAUCACACUUCAGACGUUGACGACAGACAGUACAUACCUGAGGCCAUGUUUGUACAUUUGUGCCGAUGUUCGAGUUGUCUCCUUCUCUGUGACGAUGUCCAACAUUAGAGAGUCAGAAACCAAACCUGAUAGCAAUAUCGCAGAUGAAGAGCGAUGUCAUGGUAACGGAGAAAAACAGAGUUUUUACCCAGAAGCCUUUAGGAGAGACUUCCUCAACAAAACACCAUUCGGUCUGGAGGAAGAAACGUUCGCUUAUGAUUCACAACCGUUUCUCCUGAGAGCUUUGAGGCAGAUGCACACAGAGGUGAUGAUGAUGAUGAUGAUGAUGAUGAUGAUGAUGAUGAUGAUGGUGAUGAUGGUGAUGAUGAUGAUGAUGAUGAUGGGCUUCAGAUUUGAGGUAGAUGCAGCAAAAACAGAAAAAUUCAAACGGUUUUUAAAUCUGAUUGGAUCCCAAAGAUUCAAUCAGAGAUUAAAUCCUCUUAAUCCCUGAGAUUCUUCAGUUUUAAUAAUCUGGCAGCUAUUUUAAUACAAUAACUAAACAACUAAACAGGAUGAAUGUUUUCAACUAUAAUGACCUAGUCAAAGUUUAUUUAUGGAGAAACUUUAAAAACAACCGAAGCUGUGGUUAAUGAAAACAGAAAACAGAACAAAAACGGACAAAAAGUAUAAAAUACAGAAUCUGUGCAGAAUAAAAGAACAGAAAUAAAAUGGAGUGAUGCUCAACCGGAGAAAAACUUCUGCUUUACUGAUCUACAGGCGUCAGGAAGAACCAGCAGGAGGAAAAACAUCAGAUAGGAUCUGCUGACUGGAGGUCAGAACAAUAACAGUUUAAUAUGGAAACAGACCAAUAAUUAACUUUCUAUUCCCCCUUCAGAGCGUCUGAUGCCCAGUUAAAUUAAGACAGAGUCUUAAAUAAUGAGAAUAAAGUUGUAACAUUAGCAGAAUAACGUUAAUAUUGUGAGAAGAAAAGUCGUUGGGGAAAAAAAACAAGUGAUGAAGAUCUGCAAUAAUUAUUGGUGCCAGAGAUCGUCUAACAACGGAGACUUUGACUCCUGAUGUCCUGAUGUCACGACCCGUUCAGGACGCAGACACUUUCUGUGAAACUCAUUCAAAACAACAUUUUUUGCAGAUUUUUUGAAAAGCUUAACUAAAACAUUUGUAAGAAGAGGCAUCGUUGAGUAGCUGAAAUAUAGGGGCGCCACGCUACCGGGGCGCCGCGCUACCGGGGGUUGUGGGACCAAAUGGCUAAAGAACGAGUUUAAAGCUUCUCAUCUGAAACUUUUUAAACCAGGGACCAAACAUAAAUUUAAACCUUUAAUUGUUCAAAGAUUCUUUUUCAGACGGCUGGGAUCAUUUUGUGCAAUUUAAUGUUCGCAAAAGCUAUAAAAUAUAUUUAAAGAAUUGUCCUAACCUUUCUAAAGCUCUUAUUUUUCUAUCAGAUCAUUUUCUGAACUCCAGUUUUACCAACAGAAAGAGAGAAAAACCAUCUGGAAGAAUCUAUGUGGGUUAAAUGACUCAAAUAUAAAAAUAAACCUGUGAGUGUGACAAAUAGGCCAAAUCGUUGAAGGGCUUCUUCAAGCCAGUUUGCAUGUUUCCAUGUGAGCUGGGCGGAUCCAGAUCCAGAUCCAGAUUCAGAUCCAGAUUCAGAUUCAGAUCCAGAUUCAGAUUCAGAUCCAGAUUCAGAUUCAGAUCCAGAUUCAGAUCCAGAUUCAGAUUCAGAUUCAGAUCCAGAUCCAGCUCUCCCAUCCGGAGCGUUUCCGUCUCCCUGGUUAAAGCAGAAGAAACGUUCAGGUGAGAAGGCAGAAGCUGCUGGAGCGGCAGGAAGCAAA